AUGACAGAGAGCAACUACGACUAUCUAUUCAAGGUCGUCCUUAUUGGUGACUCUGGUGUCGGUAAAUCGUAUGUAUCGUCGCUGCUCUCUCGAUUCACCCGAAACGAAUUCAACCUCGAGUCCAAGUCCACCAUCGGCGUCGAGUUUGCUACCAGGAGUAUCAAUGUGGACAGCAAGACAGUCAAGGCCCAGAUCUGGGAUACUGCCGGACAAGAACGAUACAGAGCUAUCACUUCCGCCUACUACAGAGGAGCUGUCGGUGCCCUCUUGGUGUACGACAUUGCCAAGCACCAGACCUACGAGAACGUUCAGCGAUGGCUCAAGGAGCUCAGGGACCAUGCCGACGCAAACAUCGUCAUCAUGUUGGUAGGAAACAAGAGCGAUUUGAAGCACCUGAGAGCGGUAUCUACAGACGAGGCCAAGCAAUUCGCUGCCGAGAACGGACUCUCAUUCAUCGAGACAUCUGCCUUGGACGCGUCAAAUGUCGAGUCUGCUUUCCAAAACAUUCUCACUGAGAUCUACCGGAUCGUCUCUUCCAAAUCCCUCGAGUCCUCUGGCGAUGUCAUCAAGCCCUCGGGUGGCGAAACCAUCCUGGUCACCCCCACAGCCGACGAUGGCGGUGCCAAGGCCGGCGGUAAGUGCUGUUAG